CGCCUGCCCUGCCUUGGCCCCCGGGCUCAGCGGGCAAGGCUAUAUCGGCGCCGCCCGUCCCUCACUGCUUGCGAAGAGGGAGGCGGAGGAGGCAGCCGGGGCUCCGCGGGGCAGAGCCGGAGGGCCCUGCCUGGCGGCGGUAAGGACCAGACUACAGCUCCCGCCGUGCCCGCGGGUCUCUCCCGCCGGAAGAGCCUCCUCCCUCGGACUUCCUGAGAGCCGUGCUUGUCGCCGGGCCCGUGAGAAGAAAAAUGACCUAAGCACCAUACAGCCCUUGUGGUCAAGGGCAGGAGCAGGAAUAGGGCUGCUAGGAGGAUGGCUUUGCCUGGAAACUUACGGAGGCAGCCUGCAAACAGAGGCCUUGUGUCCCAUUGCACCCACCACCAUAUUACUGUGUUCCUGCUGACCUUCUUCAGUUACUCCCUGCUCCAUGCUUCCAGAAAGACAUUCAGCAAUGUCAAAGUCAGCAUUUCCAGCCAGUGGACUCCUUUCUGCCUGAACAGUACGACCCCAGAGCUCCAGCCAUAUGAGCUCUGGAACAGCAGCCAUUUAUUUCCAAAUGCAGAAGAAGCAACACUCUUUCUGGGGACACUGGACACUAUCUUUUUAUUUUCCUAUGCUGUGGGCCUCUUUGUCAGUGGCACAGUAGGGGAUCGCCUGAAUUUGCGCUGGGUUCUGUCUUUUGGAAUGUGUUCCUCUGCUCUGGUGGUUUUUUUCUUUGGCACACUCACAGAAUGGUUACAUUUCUACAACAAGUGGUUCUACUGCUGUCUCUGGGUUGUGAAUGGCUUGCUUCAGUCCACUGGUUGGCCCUGUGUGGUUGCUGUCAUGGGCAAUUGGUUUGGAAAAGCUGGGAGGGGUUUUGUGUUUGGACUCUGGAGUGCCUGUGCGUCUGUGGGAAAUAUCCUCGGGGCGUUCCUUGCCUCCUGUGUUCUCAAAUACGGCUAUGAGUAUGCUUUCUUGGUGACUGCCUCAGUACAGUUUGCUGGAGGAGUCAUUGUGUUCUUUGGGCUCCUGACAUCACCAAAGGAAGUGGGCCUCCCAGAACUUGGAGCAGAUGAAGAUGACAGGGUGGAGGAAGAUGCCAAUAGACCAUUAAUGGGUGAUGAUGAUGCAGAUGAUGAUGACCGGAAUUACUCAAUUCAAGCAACUGACACGGAUGACCAGCCCAAGGCCAUUGGCUUUUUCCAGGCUUGUUGCCUUCCAGGAGUAGUGCCGUACUCUUUAGCCUAUGCCUGCUUGAAAAUGGUGAAUUACUCAUUCUUCUUCUGGCUGCCAUUCUACCUCAGCAACAACUUUGGAUGGAAAGAAGCAGAAGCUGACCAGCUCUCCAUCUGGUAUGAUGUGGGAGGAAUCAUAGGUGGGACUAUCCAAGGCUUGAUUUCUGAUGUGCUGCAGAAGAGAGCCCCAGUGCUAGCAAUUAGCCUGUUGUUUGCGGUAGGCUCUCUCUUUGGAUACAGCCGUUCUCCAAACAGCAAACCAAUCAAUGCUGUGAUCAUGGCCAUUACAGGGUUUUUCAUCGGAGGGCCUUCUAACAUGAUCAGUUCUGCAAUUUCUGCUGACCUGGGGCGCCAGGAUCUGGUGAAAGGCAGCAGUGAGGCUUUGGCAACAGUCACGGGAAUUGUGGAUGGAACAGGCAGUAUUGGUGCUGCAGUGGGCCAGUAUCUAGUGUCUUUGAUCCAGGAGAACCUGAAAUGGAUGUGGGUUUUCUAUUUCUUUAUUCUAAUGACGAGUUCCACAGUCCUGUUCAUUUCACCAUUAAUAGUGAAGGAGAUCAAACUGCUGCUGCAUGAGCGGCGCCUGCGAGUGCUGGCAGAGUGACUUCUGCUUGCUUCUGGGAGGACUGUUGUGCAGGCUUUUCAGCUGGGGCACUCUGGGAGACUUGUUUCUUACAUCCUCCAGGUUUGGACUAAUUCAAAAUGGGUCUGCAAAACUUGAUUGACCUGCCUUUGUAACGCUGAAUAGUGAAGUACCAAAUACCCAUCCUGAGACCACUUGCAUCAUGGAGCUGCUGACCUAAGCUAGACAAUCCAUGGGACUGGUAGGUUUUCCUGGCCUUCUGGACUCUUCCAUGUCAGUAGUCACACUAGGAUCUCAUUGCUAUACUCCUAUUUGGCCUCAUUUGGUUGGUCUCGUUGCUGUACUCCUAUUUAUUUCUGGAUGUCCUGACCAAAGGUCAAUUGUUUGUAACUGACAGUGGAGAGGCUGUCUUGCAGUGAAUUUUGUGCUCUGAUGUGCAGGUGAAAUCGUACAACCCAUUUCAUGAGUAGUCUGAAUUUAUGAUCACUUCAUGUUUAAGAAAGGGCAAAACCAAUUAUUUGGAGUUGGCACUGUCCAGUCAUUUAAAAAAUGCUGUUACUAAGUUUCUGCACAGACAGCCCUCUGUAUCCCUAGCUACUGACUGUCACAGAUUCCAGCAGAUCCACAUGGUGAAGUUACCUCUGUAUUUGUUUUUAACAUUUUUAUUAAUGAUAUUACUAAUCUCUGGGAAAUGAGAUUUCCGUUUUUAACUAUUUAAACAGACAAAUAGUGUGCAAUACUUUUACUGUGAUCUCUAAGUAUAAGCCUUAAUAGGUCCUUCAUGUCUAAAGGAUUUUUGAAUGGCUUUAGGGAUCAGUAAUGGGACACAAAUACUUCCACUACUGCUUUCUUCUUUGAAUCUGAUCAAUAGUGACCAAAAUAGGACUGUCAGGUGACUCUCUGAAGGAAGCUGGUGUCACUGAUUUCAUACUCAUUGGGCAAUUGCUCAUCUCCAGCAAAGGAGAAACAAAAUGGAAUUAAAAGUAUUUAAAGGGACCUGGCUGCUCUUGGCCUGCUCCUGGAAUAGCAUCAGUGAGCAAGUGCUGUUGUCUUCCCCCAUGCUCCUCUGCCUGUGGCUGCAUCAGGCACCUCAGAUUCAAGAGUUUUAAAUCUUCAGUUGUACCUUGGAAAGAAAGGUAAAGCAUCACUAAGCACAUAUGACUGCAGCUGGUCUGGUGAUAUCCGAGUGUUUUGCAGUAGUGUGCCGAGCAGGGUGACCAGCUGACACUUCUGUUUGAUGUUAAUGGGAUCGCAGAGUGACUUCUCAACAAAGAGUUUCCUGCUGAUGCCUUCAGAUGUUUCAUUGUAAUGGGUAUGUGCUAACCAGCAGAACUUCUGAUCCAACACUCAAACCAGUCAGCGAUGCCUAGAUAGGGCUGUGGGGCAGGAGUAGUCUUGGAGCUGAAAAUUUGAAACUUUUUAAAUGGGGAAAGUUGCCUUUUUAAAAUGUAGAGUGCUUUUGAUUUUAUUUUUGAACUUGAUGAAUGUCAGUCUCUAAUCAUGUGUGGAGUGUAAUGAGUGGAACACGAGCAGUGCCUUACGGUUUUGCUGUAUCGAACGGUUGCUUGGUGAUGGCUGCUUCUGCAGUUACAGCUCUGUGCACAGCUUUGCUUUACUGUGAAACUCAGUUGCUCUGUUUUUGUACUUUUUGAGUCUCUUUCUUGGUGGAGGCAAUUUUUACUUUUUUUUUUUUUUGCUAACACAAAAAAAAAAAUACAGUGCUUGGGAAAAUAAUGCCAUUAAGUUGAUGAGGGACUUGGAUCCUGUUCUUGUCUCUUUUCAUUCCCAUUCCAAUUUUUGCCUAUAUAAUUAGAGCAGGAGACUGUGAAUCUAUCAUCCUGUUCUCAGAAUUAUGCCCUGGGGUUAGUGUUCACAUCCCAAGCUACUCAUUACCCCCCCUGUACAAAUAGAAUCAAAACUCCCUGAAAUUCAGUUCUAAAAUUGAUGGCAGCACUGUUUGCUCCAGCCACCGUGUCUGAGAAUCUGGGGUUUCAAAUUCCAGCCUGGAUGAGCUUUUCGGCUGGCUGUCUGGGCGAUAGAUAAGCUUCUGAUGAAAGGUGGGGUGGGAAAGGGAUGUCGCUGAGGUCGAGGGUGGGGGGAGGAGAGGCAAGGCCCCUGUAACAAAUGGUUUCUUGUAAACAGUUCUGUCCCCUCUUGAGAAGUGUCAGAUGUGUUGCAAGUGCUGCUCAGUAGCACGCCUGUAAGUGUGCAGCGGUGCUUGAGGCCACCCUCAAUUAGCAAGACGUGCUGAUGACUUCAGGAUAGCUUUGUUGUUGUCCUGGGGUUUUGGUUCUGUGUAUUUCCUCACGGUGCUCGCAUAGAGAAGAGUUUUCAGUCUGAUCAUGUCCGAACUGAUCUCACAUGAAUAAACUUACUUUGACUCGA